AUGGCGGAACAGUCUGUCAAACCAGAGGUUGAAGUCAAACAAACCGACGACCAGAAGGUGAAGGACAUCGAGGACUCGAUUCCGGAUCAGACAAAACUCGAUAAAGUGCGCGGAUUUAUGAAGUAUAAGAGGAUUAAAGGCUAUUAUCGCGAUGUCAGCAAACGAUCCAAGGAUUGGAAAGAGAUCUUUGACCACCAGUUCAUCCAAAACAAUGUCCGCACACAGGCCUCGAGGUGUAUGGAGUGCGGCGUUCCCUUUUGUCAGUCAUCCCACGGCUGUCCACUGGGAAACAUAAUCCCGCGUUGGAAUGAUCUGGUCUAUCAGGACGACUGGUAUGAGGCCAUCAAACAACUCCUCCAGACAAACAACUUCCCGGAGUUUACGGGUCGGGUAUGUCCCGCACCCUGCGAGGGCGCCUGCGUUCUAGGCAUCACAUCCCCGCCCAUCGCCAUCAAAACCAUCGAAGUCUCCAUCAUUGAGACGGCCUUCGAGAAGGGAUGGAUUAAGGCGUCGCCUCCGACAGAAUAUUCUGGCGCUAAGAAUAUCGUGUCGUUUGAGAUACUCCCGCGACCCGGAGAUACUCGCGGUGCGGACAACCCGUGGCCCCAAUGGCCGCGAAUAUACCGCAAGGACUACGGCCACGAAGAGGUAGAGCUGAAGUGGGGAUCGGAUCCCAGAAUAUUCGGCAUCAAUAGCAAGGAAUUCCUGGACGACGGCGCCGGUAAUGUGAAGGGAAUCCGAUCCGUGCGGGUCGAGUGGACUCAAGACAACGGCCGAUGGAUUAUGAAGGAAGUGCCCAACUCUGAGCAGAUCUACGAGGCCGAUCUGGUGCUGCUGGCGAUGGGAUUCUUGGGACCCGAGACUUACCUCACGGAACAGCUGAGACUCACGAAAGACCAGAGAUCUAACGUCUUGACCAAAGCGGGCACCUAUAGGACACCCAUCGAUAGGAUCUACGCGGCCGGGGAUUGCCGUAGAGGACAGUCGCUUGUAGUGCACGCCAUCAAUGAGGGCCGACAGGCGGCCCGCGAGAUCGACGCCGACCUCCACAACGGCAUGUCUACGCUGCCCGGGCCCGGGGGUGUCAUACCGUACCCGCCGAUAGCUUUGGGCACUAAACUAAUGGCCGGUUAGGCGAUGAUUAGGUUUAUUGGUGUGUCUGUCACGCGAUUCUGUGUUUUCAUUGAGUAUAUAUAGAGUAUGAUUAAUACAUAUA